AUGGCGUCAGUUAGCGCAGGUUCAGUGACCAUUGAUCAGGUCUAUUUUGAGACCCCUGUCCGACGAUCCCAUCUAAAUGCCGACUCUUCCAACAUCAACGGCCAGUCCGCCAGCACUGUGCCCAUCUCCCAGGCUGAACUCGACCGUCUAAGGUCGAUAGCUGGGAAAUAUGAAAACCUGAGAAGGAACCUCCUCCGUGGCGGUGUUGGAGAGGAAGUGGUUGAUCUCCUCAGUCAGGACGAUGCAGCAAUCCAAGGUGGCAACACCCUGCCAGCCACUGCGGACACCCAAGCCGACCAAGAGGGCGGGGCUCGUCUCAGAAGUCCUGAUCCACAAUCCAGUCUGGCGCGGGAACAGACCCACCGAAAUGGCUUUGCCAACGCCAAUGGUGACGGUUACGCCAGCUUCGGCGGCCAUGGUGGUGGUAAUCGAAACCACGAGCAUUCUGCUUGGGCAAACGCCAGUCCUGAGCCGGACGAUGUCUCUUGUGAUGGAGAUACUCCACCAGAUGGCUCAAGGGUACCAAACUUUGCCGAACAGCAGAACAAACGGCCGUAUUUCGACCGCCAGUGCACCAGAACCAUCCAACUGGUGAAUCUCGCUGACGGCACCACUCAUGGAGACAUUACUGGCGCUGUCCGAGGCGGUCUUCUGCUCGAUAUUUUCAUGCGGUCCCACGAGCGUUCUGCGACCGUGUCCUUCUUGAACGCUGCGGAUGCAAGGGCCUUUUUCGAUCACGCCCGUAAGCAUGACUUGUACAUCAAGAAUAAGCGGGUCGACUUAAGGUGGCAUGAUCGACAGUUCAUCUUGCCGGGCCAUGUGGCGGCCAAGAUUGGCGGUGGUGCGACCCGCAACCUAGUCAUCCGGCAAAUCGAUUCGAGGCAUACCGAGGAGAGCAUUCGGGACGACCUGGAGCACAUCCACAAUCUGGUUGUCGUCAAGAUUGAUUUUGCUGCUGGUAGCUGCCACAUCAAAACCAACUCGGUUCAUAACGCCGUGUUCGCGCGGAUGUGCAUGAUGAGCCGGGCGAAAUACAAGAAUGCAAAGAUCGAGUGGGAUGUGGAUGAGUGUGCGCAGCCCUACGAGAAAGUCCCACAGUUCAAGCCGCGGAAGGAAGCUCCUCCCACAAAGAAGAACUCGACCUCGAUGGCCAACCGUUUCCAUCUCCUCGACCUCGGCGACGAAGAGGAGGACGAGAUCUCUACGACCUUCCAGUCUAAGAAAUCGGUUGGGAUCGCAGCGUAGCGGCACUCCCUGAACUGGUUUUUUUCACUAUAAUGCCUAUGCAUAUGCUUUGGGAUUGCUUUUCCUCUUUAUUUUGCUUGCUGGGCCACCGACUAUUUAGCUGCAUAAGGAUCAUCGGUGGAGUGAGUUAUGCUUUUCUCAUCACGGCUGGUAACUUUUCGCAAUCUGCUUGCCUGUCGGCGUUAGGGAUACCCCAUGGCUACCUGCCAUUAGUGUAUGGCUUCGUUUUUUUCCUUCUUCCAAUUUGCCUCUCGUUCUUGACGAUCAUGGGGUCUGCCGGUUAGGCAGUGGGAGCUAGAUUA